AAGCUUCCUCCACCAACAACCUUACCUCCAACCAGCCAGCUUCAACUCCUCCACCUCAAAUCUAAGGACGAGAUGGCUGCACCCAAGGUAAUCGUUUUGGGAAGUCUCAAUGGCUCGCUGACGCCUGCCUUCACGAAGCUCGCGACCCUCCACGCCAAGAACAGCUUCAGCUUUGCCAUUGUUACAGGCAAUCUGUUCAGCAGCGAAGACGAUGCCACGGUCGAUUCACUUAUAGACGGCGAACUGAAGGUUCCCCUUCCUGUCUACUUCACUGUCGGCACGGCGCCCCUUCCCCCCAAGAUCAUUGCCAAGAUCGAAGCCGACGAGGAAAUCUGCGAGAACCUCCACUUCCUCGGAAAACGAAGUAUCACGAAGACGUCAGAGGGUGUCAGGAUCGUCGCACUCGGUGGAAAGCUCGACAAGGAUGUGGUGGGCGGUCAAUCGAAGGAGCAGCACCUUCCGUUCCACACCGCGGAUGAUGCGAAGUCGCUGAAGGGCGCAAACAAGGCCGACAUCCUACUUACGACCGUCUGGCCAGCUAGUGUCUGGACAGGGUCCAAGGUCGCUCUUACCCCAGAGAACCAGGCAGCGAUUGAGAGCACGGCUGAGGUUGCUGAGCUGUGUGCGACCCUGAAGCCGCGAUACCACUUCUCAUCUUCACCCACCGAGUUCUUCUACGAGCGAGAGCCUUUCGUGCACCCUCUCGAGGAAGGUGCAGAGGAUGCGGUUGUAACCCGCUUCAUAUCGAUGGCCCCCUAUGGAAACGCGGCCAAGGCGAAGGCGCUAUAUGCAUUCACAAUUACCCUCAACGAGACCAACGUCGAGAAACCCGCCAACGCUACCUUCACGCCGUUCAACCAGAGAAAGCCCAAGAGGCGGGCGCAGGACGAAGGCUCAUACAGCCGCUUCGCCAACGGAGACGACGAUGGCCGCCAUCACCGCCGCGGAAACAAGCGUCGACGUCAAUCACCUCCUCCCGGGCCGGACCGGUGCUUCUUCUGCUUGAGCAAUCCCAACCUCGACACCCACAUGGUCUGCACCAUUGGCGAAGACAGCUAUCUUGCUACUGCCAAGGGCCCUCUAGCCACAUCCCAGACCUUUGAGGAGCAUGGUAUCAACUUCCCUGGCCACGUUAUUAUCACCCCUCUCGCCCAUACACCGACCGUUCACUCCUCUGGCGUCGAGAGCUAUGCAUCUGAGGAGGCGGAGAAGACUCACAAGGAGAUGACCCGUUUCCGCGAGGCUCUCCAGGCCAUGGUAUCGACCAAGUCGAACCGCAAGUUGGGUGCCAUCACCUGGGAAAUCAGCCGCGGUCGCAACAUUCACGCUCACUGGCAAUUCCACCCCAUUCCCGCGGACUUUGUCUACAAGGGUCUUGCCGAGGCUGGCUUCCGUGUUGAGGCCGAGAACCUGAAGUACCCCGAGUUUGAGAGGCGCGAGAUCUCGUACGAGGAUCAGGCGGACUUUGGCGACUACUUCCGCAUCUGGAUCUGGGCAGACGACGGCGAAGACAGAAUUAAGGGUUCUAGUCUCGUCAUGAAGCUCGAUCCCAACAUGCGCUUCGAUCUGCAGUAUCCGCGUAAGGUUGUGGCGAAGCUCCUCGGUCUCGAGAAGCGUUUCGUCUGGCAGGAUUGCACACAGACCAAGGAGGAAGAGGAGAAGGACGUGGCAGCUCUCCGCGAGGCCUUCAGGGAAUGGGAUUUUGCGCUUCAGUGAGCCGCGCGGCAUAUCUAGCGGCGAUAUCGAGGGCGUUAACAAGUUCGAGCAUGAUUACAUCAUUUUUCUGGCAUGGCAUUUGGCAUGGGUGGCGUUUGGGGGGAUACCCAGGUAACCUGCAUAUUUUUGCUAUAUAGGCAGGCCGGUAGUGGGGAGAGAUCAUUAUUCGGCUUUUCAAAGUUGCGUUUUUUCUACGAGCUGAGGCAUAUCACAAGGGGCAGGUCGAUCCAUGGCUUCUUUCGAACCGGGGAUACUGGGGAAAGCUGCGUUGCUUCAUCGCUUUGAGGCUACAUUAGACCUUCAUAGACAGGCGAGUUAGGCCUCAAAAAGUUUUCUGAAUCGUUUCCAUCGUUCUUGGUCUCUCGUCAAAUCUCAUCUCUGCUCAUUUUGCCAAGGCAUGCAGUUCGAGUCGUGGAUCCCAUCACGGGUUCCAUCACGGAUCCCAAUUUCAUUCAAAUCAUCUUUCGAAUCUGA